CAUUCCUUUUGAUUUACUCCCAUCAAUCUAGAAUUAGGGAGAGGUUUGUUUUUGUUAUGUCACCCUGCCUCCAGUGCAGAACAGGCAGUGAUGCUGAAGCUUUAUGAGGUAUUCGUUUGGCCUGGUUAAACCAGUUGGUCCACUCUUCAAGUGUAUUACUUGCCGCAGUGAGAAUACCAUCAACAGUGAGAAGAGAACAGAGGUAAACACGGUCUCAUCCAGUGAAAACUUGUCUUCAGCAUGGCACAUUAUCACUGCUGACACUGAACAAGGAUUUAAAAGCUCACUGGAUACAAGAUGAUCAUGGGUGCAUCUGGUACCUCUACGAUUUCGCAUGUUUAAUACAGAGGGUGUGGUUAACAAGGUUUGAGAUUUGGAGGAUUUUCUUCACUGUAAAUAUAUACUAGUGAAAUGGCUCUUCGAAGAAGCCUCUCUGACAGCCUGCUACUUGAAGAUGACAAUGUGUCUGUAGAGGGUUUGGAAUACACAGACCUGCACUUGCAUGAAGAUGAUGAAAUUGUGGGUGCCAGUGGUCAGUUUGAACUAAAGAGGAAUGAACAAAAGAAGAAUGAAGCUGUGGACAUUUUAAAGUUGAUUGAUAAUGACAAGGGGAUAACGAAGCAUGGUAUGAAAUCCAGCAAGAGCUUGGAAAGCCUGGAUAUCAAAGCUCCAAAUGAGGUGUGGAAAGAUUCAUAUGACAAGCUCUUCAAUGCUAAAGUCAGGAAAUUCAUGAAAGGAAAUAAAACUGUUAAGGAAAACAGACAUGGCAUACACAAUGGGCCAGUGACAACCCAAACACUUGACCGCAAAAGAGGUCAAGUAAAUGUGUCGGCUUUACUUGAGAAUGCCGAUCGAAUGCGUCUCACUCCAUAUGAAACAGAAUUUGACAAUCAAGUGGGGCCAUUCAUGGUCCAUUAUGAUGCCAAGGAUUCUACAGGUGAAUAUGACUCUGAAAUGUUAGUACAAGGAUCUGACCUGCUGAGAUCAGCAAAGAUCAAAACCAAUAUUUCAAGAGAUGUUCCAUCGCAUCAUUCCACAAAGAACUUGACCAGUGUUGAUAGGGAAAUCAACAUGCGUGGUGGAACAUAUACAGAUCCAAAAAUAGAUGUUGGUAUUAAUGCACCAGAUUCAAAUCUUACACUGACAAAUACCCAAGGAUCUCCUGUGAUGCACCUCACAAAAGGACAUUUUAAAGGCCCAAAAGCAGUGCUUAAUUCUUCUGAUAUGGAUAUGGAUGUACCAUCGGUUAAUGUCAAGAAGCCAAAAUUUAAACUGCCAAAGUUUAGCCUCUCUGGAAACAAGAAUACAGACAUCAGUUAUGAUGGAAGUAUGAAGGGGUCAAAACUGGCAUACCCUGAAGUAGCUGCAGGUUUUAAUGGUUCUGAUAUACAAAUUGAUGGACCAAAGGCUGAUUUCAAAGGUCUAAAAACAGACCUUCCAGACAUGGAAAUGUCAUCUGGAAAACUGAAAACGCCCACUUUCAGCAUGCCUAAUUUUGACCUGUCAGGACCCAAAAUAAAAACACCUGACUAUGAUCUGUCCGCUCCCAAAUUUAAGACAGACUUUGAUUCACCAGACAUCAACAUCAGAGGUCAUAAGCCAGAUAUCACAGGACCUGACAUGGAUGUUGAUAUUCCUGAAGGUACAUAUAAAGGACCAAAUUUCAAGAAACCCAAUCUUGACUUAAAUGCACCUGAUCUCGGCAUAAAUGUUCCUUCUGGUAACCUUAAACUGCCAAAAGUUGGCUUCUCUGGUAGCAAGCCAGAAGAAACUGAUCUUAAAAUCAAAUCUCCAGACCUGAAUCUCAAAAGCCCCAAAAUUAAAGGAGGAAUCGAUGACAUGGACCUGACUCUGCCUCAAACUGAUGUGAAAGGCCCGAACCUAGAUAUCAAAUCACCUGAUGUCGAUGUUAAUGGCCAAUCAGGUAAAUUGAAUAUGCCAAAGUUAAAGAUGCCCAGUUUUGGCCUGUCAGGAUUGAAGGGGCCACAUAUGAACAUGGAUGCUGACAUUGAUAAGCCAGACCUCAAUCUGAGUGCAUCAACUCCCAAACUAAAUGCAGGGAUAAAUAGUCCUGAUAUUGACAUUCAUGGACCUAAUGUUGAUCUCAAAGGUCCAAAAACAGAUCUUACGCUUCCAGACAUGGACAUGCCAUCUGGAAAAAUGAAAAGGCCAACUUUCAAGAUGCCUGAUUUUGGUCUCUCAGGACCUAAAAUGAAAAAGCCUGACUAUGAUCUGACGACUCCAGACAUGGAUCUUUCGGCCCCAAAGUUUAAGGCAGAUUUUAAUUCACCAGAUAUCACGGCACCUGACGUGAAUGUUGAUUUCCCUAAAGGUAAAAUUCAAGGACCAAAUUUGAAAACACCCAAUAUUAACAUGAAUGCACCUGACCUCGACAUAAAUGCUCCUUCGGGUAAACUGAAGCUGCCAAAAUUUGACAUCUCUGGUAAAAAAGCAGAAGGGCCAAAUCUUAAAAUCAAAUCUCCAAACCUAAAUGUCAAAAUCCCCAAAAUAAAGGGAGGAAUCGAUACCCCAGACAUGGAUCUGACUCUGCCUCAAACUGAUUUGAAAGGCCUAAACCUAGAUGCCAAAACACCUGAUAUUGAUAUUAAUGGCCCUUCAGGUAAAUUUAAUAUGCCAAAUCUAAAGAUGCCCAGUUUUGGCCUGUCAGGUUUAAAAGGGCCAAAUAUGAAUGUGAAUGCUGACACUGAUCAGCCCGACCUUAAUUUGAGCGCAUCAACUCCCAAACUACAUGCAGGGUUAAACAGUCCUGAUAUUGAUGUACAUGGACCUAAUGUUGAUCUCAAAGGUCCGAGAACAGACCUUACUUUUCCAGAUAUUGACAAGCCUUCUGGAAAAAUGAAAAUGCCCAAUUUAAAGAUGCCUAAGUUUGGUGUCUCAGGACCAAAAGUAAAGAUGCCUGACUAUGAUCUAAAGACCCCUGAAAUGGAUCUGUCAGCUCCAAAGUUUAAGGCAGACUUUGAUUCCCCAGACCUCAACAUUAAAGGUCAUAAGCCAGAUAUCACAGGUCCAGACAUUAAUCUUGAUUUCCCUAAAGGUAAAUUUAAAGCACCAGACUUAAAGGCACCCAAUCUUGACAUGAAUGCACCUGACUUCGACAUCAAUGCCCCUUCAGGUAAAUUGAAGCUGCCAAAAUUUGGGUUUUCCGGUAGUAAGCCAAAAGGGCCAGAUCUUAAAAUCAAAUCUCCAAAGAUGAAUCUCAAAAGCCCCAAAAUGAGGGGAGGAAUAGAUGCCCCAGACAUGGAUCUGAAUCUGCCUCAAACUGAUUUAAAAGGCCCGAACCUAGAUAUCAAUUCACCUGAUAUUGAUAUUGAUGUUAAUGGCCCUUCAGGUAAAUUUAAUAUGCCAAAGCUGAAGAUGCCCAGUUUUGGCCUGUCAGGUUUGAAAGGACCACGUAUGAAUGUGGAUGCUGAUAUUGAUCAGCCCGACCUCAAUCUGAGCACAUCAACUCCCAAACUAAAUGCAGGAAUAAAUAGUCCUGAUAUUGAUGUACAUGGACCUAAUGUUGAUCUCAAAGACCCAAAAACAGACCUUACUCUUCCAGACAUUGACAAGCCUUCUGGAAAAAUGAAAAUGCCCACUUUAAAGAUGCCCAAGUUUGGUGUUUCAGGGCCAAAAAUAAAGACGCCUGACUAUGAUUUGAAGACCCCUGAAAUGGAUCUGUCAGCUCCAAAGUUUAAGGCCGACUUUGAUUCCCCAGACCUGAACAUUGAAGGUCAUAAAACAGAUAUCACAGGUCCAGACAUGAAUCUUGAUUUCCCUAAAGGUAAAUUUACAGCACCAGACUUAAAGACACCCAAUCUUGACAUGAAUGCCCCUUCAGGUAAAUUUAAGCUGCCAAAAAUUGGGUUUUCAGGUAGUAAGCCAAAAGGCCCAGAUCUUAAAAUCAAAUAUCCAAAGCUGAAUUUCAAAAGCCCCAAAAUGAAGGGAGGAAUAGAUGCCCCAGACAUGGACUUGACUCUGCCUCAAACUGAUUGGAAAGGCCCAAACCUAGAUUUCAAAUCACCUGAUGUUGAUAUUAAUGGCCCAUCAGGUAAAUUGAAUAUGCCAAAGUUAAAGAUGCCCAGUUUUGGCCUGUCAGGUAUGAAAGGGCCAAAUAUGAAUGUGGAUGCUGACAUUAAUAAGCCUGACCUUAACUUGAAUGCAUCAGCUCCUAAACUAAAUGCAGUGUUAAGUGGUCCUGAUAUUGACUUAAAUGGACCCAAUGCUGAUUUUAAAGGCCCCAAAACAGACCUUACUCUUCCAGACAUUGACAAGCCUUCUGGAAAAAUGAAAAUGCCCACUUUAAAGAUGCCCAAGUUUGGUGUCUCAGGGCCAAAAAUAAAGACGCCUGAAUAUGAUUUGAAGACCCCUGAAAUGGAUCUGUCAGCUCCAAAGUUUAAGGCCGACUUUGAUUCCCCAGACCUGAACAUUGAAGGUCAUAAGCCAGAUAUCACAGGGCCAGACAUGAAUCUUGAUUUUCCUAAAGGUAAAUUUACAACACCAGACUUAAAGACACCCAAUCUUGACAUGAAUGCACCUGACCUUGACAUAAAUGCCCCUUCAGGUAAAUUUAAGCUGCCAAAAAUCGGCUUCUCGGGUAGCAAGCCAAAAGCUCCAGAUCUGAAUCUCAAAAGCCCCAAAAUGAAGGGAGGAAUCAAUACCCCAGACAUGGAUCUGACUCUGCCUCAAACUGAUUUGAAAGGCCCAAACUUAGAUAUCAAUACACCUGAUAUUGAUGUUAAUGGCCCUUCAGGUAAAUUGAAUAUGCCAAAGUUAAAGAUGCCCAGUUUUGGCUUGUCAGGUUUGAAAGGGCCACAUAUGAACAUGGAUGCUGACAUUGAUCAGCCCGACCUUAAUUUGAAUGCAUCAACUCCUAAACUAAAUGCAGGGAUUAAUGGUCCUGAUUUUGACAUUCAUGGACCUAAUGCUGAUUUCAAGAGUGCAAAAACCAACCUUGCAUUUCCAGACAUGGACAUGCCUUCUGGAAAACUGAAAAUGCCCACCCUCAAGAUGCCUGAUGUUGAUUCCUCAGGACCCAAACUCAAAACAUCGGGCUAUGAUCUGAAUACCCCUAAAAUGUAUCUGUCAGCUCCAGAGUUUAAGGCAGACUUUGAUUCACCAGACCUCAACAUCAGAGGUCAUAAGUCAGAUAUCACAACCCCAGACUUGAAUGUUGAUUUACCUAAAGGUAAAAUGAAAGAACCAAAUUUCAAGAAACCCAAUCUUGAUUGGAACACUCCAGACUUUGACACUGAUGCACCUUCAAGCAAAUUUAAACUGCCAAAGCUGGGCUUCUCAGACAGCAAGCCAGAAGGACCUGAUCUUAAAGUCAGAUCUCCAAAGCUGAAUCUCAAAAGCCCAAAAAUAAAGGGAGGAAUCGAUACCCCAAACAUGGAUCUGACUCUGCCUCGGUCUGAUUUGAAAGGCCCAAACCUAGAUAUCAAAUCACCUGAUAUUGAUUUUAAUGGCCCUUCGGGUAAAAUGAAUAUGCCAAAGUUAAAGAUGCCCAGUUUUGGCCUGUCAGGUUUGAAAGGGCCACAUAUGAAUAUGGAUGCUGACAUUGAUCAGCCCGACCUUAAUCUGAGCGCAUCAGCUCCCAAAUUAAAUGCUGGGAUUAAUCGUCCUGAUAUUAACAUUCAUGGUCCUAAUGUUGAUCUUAAAGGUCCAAGAACAGACCUUACACUUCCUGACAUGGACAUGCGAUCUGGACAAAUGAAAAUGCCUGCUUUUAAGAUGCCUGAUAUUGGUUUCUCGGCACCCAAAAUAAAGACACCUGACUAUGAUCUAAAGACACCUAAAAUGGACCUCUCGACUCCGAAGAUUAAGACAGAAUUUCAUUCCCCAGACUUCAGUAUCAGAGGUCAUAAGCCAGAUAUCACAGCCCCAGAUAUGAAUGUUGAUUUCCAUAAAGGCAAAAUAAAAGGACCAAAUUUCAAGAAACCCAGUUUUGAUGUGAACGCACCAGACUUUGACAUUGAUUCUCCUUCUGGGAAAAUGAAACUCUCAGGAAACACGCCAGAAGGAACAGAUGUUAAAUUCAGCUCUCCAAAGAUGAAUCUUAAAACCCCCCAAAUUAAAGGAGGAAUUGAUAGCCCUGAUUUUCAUGGGCUGAGGUCUGAUGUUGAUUUUGGUACCUAUACACAAAUGCAUGCUAACAGCUUUGCAGUCCCAAGAGGUAAAACAAAGGCAACCAUAAUGUAUGGUCUUGAUGCUCCCUCAAGAGACGUCAGAAUACCGACUCAUCAGAAAUAUAGUGCCCCAGAAUUUAACAUGCAGGACCCCUAUUAUGACUUGAACAGAGACAUGGAAGUUUCAGGAAAAGCUCAGUGGGCUACAAUGCAAAAACAUGUCUCUGGCCAGACCAGAAUCUCUGGAGUGGGUCCAACAUCUUCAGAUGUUUACUACAAUGAUAUGUCUGGGGCAUUCAGGUCAGGACAUCAUAAAACAAAAGCAAGUAGCUUUGAUAUGGAUGGCAACUGGAACAAUAUAUCAGUGCCUAAAUUUCAAGUUUCAAGAAGUAGAGAAAAUGUAGCUGUGAGAAAUUCAAAUAUGGGAAUGAAUACCAUGCAAAGAUCAGGUGAUAAUGCAGGUUAUUAUAGGAAGAUGGUUCCUAGACGUUAUUACACUACUGAUGAUAUAUGCUACACUUACAAAGGGAUGCCUAGAAGAGAUGGAUGGGGCAACGGGCAAAUUGACCAUAGUCGCAGACAGACAAUGAGACAUCUGCAAAUACAUGCGAUGGAUCUGGAGGUUCCAGAAAGAACUUUGAAAGGGUCGAAAUUUAACGUUCUUAAACUAAUGUAGGAUCAUUAAAAGAAAGGGAUGUGGGAGACAAGAAUGAGCUUGUCCUUAGCAAUCAUGUUUACAGGGCUGAUAAGAACGAAUAGCAUAUUUAAAACUAUAAAAACUUAGAGUAGAUACUGUAAAUGUGCUUGAGCAAACUUAAAACUGAUGAACAAGCCUUUCCCUAAAGGAGAUGUUAUUGAAAUGUUAGCAUAAACUUGCACUUACAGUAUCAUAGAUCAUUAGGUUAUAACUUUUUUAAAGAGUUUAUGUACUAUAUGUAUGUGACAAUAUUAUGUGGAUCUUGCCUGAUUAAAUAUUGUAAAUCAUAUAUAUUUUGUAAAUUAUGUAAAAUGCAACAGUAAUGUAUAAAUACAGUGUGGAUGAAAUAUACACAUGUAAAAAGUUUUGUCUGGAAAACAGUUUGUUUGGAUAAUAUCUCGUUUCUUGCCAACUUUUUGUUUAGUUUUUGCACAUUUUUAGUGCUCAUUGAUACAAUAAGGUACACGUAGGGGGAUUUGUUUUGAUGGAUGUAUAUAAAUAAUUUGUGAAAUAUUCCUACUGACAUUGUUGCUUCAAGAUACAAAAGCAGUUGUUGUAGAAUACUUCAAAUGUUAUGCAAUUAAAAUAUACAUUACAGUGUACCA